AUCUAUAAUAGUGAUAUUACUAACAACUUGAUAGUGUUAAAUUUGUUAAUGCCUUCAAGAUGCAACCUAAUAUAAAAAUUUCGUAAAGAACUAUGUAAAUGACGUGUUGAUGAAGUGGUGGUAGGCAAGCCUAUUGUAACCCAUCGCUCAUUAUUUUUUGUUUGUAUGUGCUCUAAAAAUUUAAAAUUUUCAAAAAAAUCUUCAAAAAGGUCCACUAUAGCAGAAUAAUUUUCCGAACGCUAUUCUAUAUGCGUACCUAAUAAUGUUGAAUAGAUGUAUAAAUGUAUAAUAAUAAUUCUAUACAAGCUUAAGCCAUGGGUUUGAUAACAGUAUAACACUUAUUAUAAUAUAAUAUAUAAACAGCUGUAUAUUAUCCGUAUCCGUAUCCUGACCACGCUUUAUAUUUAAGUUCAAAUAAUGGUUUCAGAAAACUAAACAAGACAUGGCUUUCGAAAAAAUAUUACAUUUUGAUUUUUGGACAUAUAAUGCUAUAUGCUUACUUAGUUGUUUGUUUCCGCUGAUUGGUAGAAAAAUAGAAGUAACUACGGCGCGGCCGCCACUGGAAACGUCAACAAGUAUAAACGGAUAUGAAAUCCACGAGUAAUUUGAAAAUAAAUGGAGCCUAUGAUAAUUUUCUAUAAUAUGUUUGCAGAUACGUGGAGAGUCGUAAUCGUAUUUGUAUUAGUCGUCGGAAACAUAGUGCCGGCGUGCUUUUCGUACAACUUUCCGGGUAUUCAAAAGAAAGCUGGUUCCGCGUACAACCUACUCUUUCAAGUUGGUUGAAAAUCCGACCAGAAAAACAAUAUGUUUAAUGAUUGUACCUAAUACCUACUACAUUUAUUCUCGGCGAUUUAGGAUUUUUGCAAAUUGGGAAUACUGACUGUAGACCUUCAGUUUGCGUGGUUUUGUUGGACUCUCGAAGACGGAUUUUUAAGGCUGAAUAACGUCUUGCAGCAGAUGACGGUUUCGUCCGGGAUACCGACCACGACGGCGACAAAAAGUCAAGGCAGGGAAACGAUCACGGCGAGAAAUAAUUAUUAUCACAGGUGUAAGUAUACACUAUAGGUAAUAUACAUAUUAUCAUCGAUUAUAAAUACAGUAAAACCUCGAAUCGGUUGGGGGUAAAAAAAAAAUUCGAGUUGUUGAAAAUUCAAGUUUAGAAAAAAUUGUGUGUACAUAUUGAAAUGCAGGGGCGAAAAUAUUCCUUCGAAAAUUCGACUUAUAGACGUUCGAGUUAUCGAGGUUUCACUGUACCAGUAUUUAUAAUCAAUGAUAUUAUAUACAUCGAUAGAACAGUAUAAUAAGACUGCAGUACAGCCAUGGGUGUGCGCAGGGGGUAGCCAUGCAGAGGGUACAUGAUAUGUUUGGGCACCUCUUGACAUUUUGCAAUUGAGGCCCUAAAAGUCAAACCAUCAAUCGGGGGUCGUAUGACAUAUUAUGUUAUUAGUUAAUACUAAAUAAAAUAUAAUUUUUUCCAAAGUAAGUGACACAGCUCCAGCAAUCAGCAUCUUAUCUUCAAAUGUUUUUUUAAUAAAAAUAAAAACUAUUCGUUCAAUACUCAAUAGACAAUAAAAUAUUGUAUUGGUAUUUAAAAAAAAAAUAUUCUACUUCAGAGUGUACAGAAAUAUUAAAAACAUAAUAAUUAUAUAAUUAUUAUACAGGUUGUCCCAUAUUCAAAAAUCAAAUCCGAAUGUCCUAAGUCCGACUAUGUACGAGCCUCCGCUUCAAUAUCCCGAACCUAUUACCUAUAUUAACCAGUGGUAACAUUAUAUUUAAACAUUGUUAUUUUUGGUCUUUUGGCAGACGAAGUCUACAGGGUGGAAGUGGCGUACGGGAAACUGAUGCAUGGUGCGACACUGGUCUGCAGCGUCUGCGAGGAACGCGUCCUGAUAAAUACGUCGUGUUACAUGUUCAACACGAUAUGUGGUCUGUUCGACACGAUUUCGGCGUAUAGGACUCGGGGGGCACCACUUCUCUUGGCCAUCAUGCACCUUUCGUGGGUGGUGAACUGUGCCGGUAGAAUUGCUCUAGUGUGUUUCGCCGCGUCUUCGGUCGUCGACCAGGUAUACUUUGGUAUACGCAUGUUCCGCUCAUAUUGUAUAUUGCCUAUUUGUCUAUGUACUAUAUAGUAUAAAGAUAGUGUAGACACUAUAUAGAUUGUGUAUAAGUACAGUUAAAUAUCUAUUAUUAUAUAAUAUAAUAUGUACCGCGGCUGAGUGUCUUUUCACGGCGUGGGUCCUUAACCUUACAUACGCACACAAUAAUAUUAUAUUUUAUCGUUUGGUGGAAAUUUCAAAUUAGUAUCCUUUAUGAUGUUAUUUAUUACUGUACAUAAAUAAUUGCAGCUCAUAAAAUAUAUUAAACUGUCGUUAAAUGAGACACAGAAGUCAGAAACUCUAUUUUUUAAUUUGAUUUUCUGUGUAACAGACAGGCAUUAGUUAAACUAAGCGUUAAAAAAACAGUUAUUUUCAAAUAAAUCCAAAGUGAUUGUUUUAUUAUUUUAAAAUUGAGUUUAUUGGAAUACCAAAGAAAAUAGGUUCCAUAACCGAUAAUAAUAUUUUGAUACGUCGUUGGCGUGUUACGUAAUAAUAUGUAAGAAAUAUUUUUCUACACAUGUUAUAAUUAUUAGUACUUAGUAGGUAAUAGCCACAAGUUAAUAUGUAUAUAUUAUUAUAUUAAACUGGUAUAUACUUUAGAAACUAUUUUCAACUUCUUAAAGGUUCUAAACAAACAAGGUGUAACUGGUUCAAGUUCCCUACAACUAAAUAAAUUAAGUUAAUAUUUAAAUAAUUCUACCAUCUCGAAAAGUUUGCCCAACCGACUAUAUAGUUGCCCUGGUUCUAAAUACAUGCAAUUAUAUUUUAUCAUUUGGGGUUGAGUAUGACGUGUGUCACGUAUAUCAUUUAGUGUGUGUGUUUUAGCCUACACCACGAACCAAUACCUAAGUAUAAAAUUAAAAUAAGUAAUAAUAAUCCGUAUAAAGAGAUUUUAUAAUAAUGUGUACCUAUACUAUCUAUGUCCUAUACUGCACUGCAGGAUGACCGUCUACACGACUUGGCUCAGAUCGCGAGAGAAACGUUAGACGUGAACGGUGACUGUUGGGAGGUACGUAAUACGAUUAUACAUAAUAUAUAAAUUAUAAAAUAUACAUAUUUUAAAUUUAUCGAAUGCAUACCAAUCUCUGUAAAUGCUCACGUGGCGAAUAUUCUUCAACCAAAUUGUUCAUUAUGUUUUUUGUUAUCGCAUAAUUAUUGUUUUAUCCCCCCAAAACCGUACAAGGUACAACACACCUGUCAGCUUAAUCGACUUAUAGGCCCUUUUCUCAGCUAGGACAGUGUACAAAAAUAUAUUAUUAUCUAAUAUAAUAGGCGUGUUUCAGAUGAAACGAUUGUCCAGGCGUCUGAGACAUAGCAAAGUGAAAUUUGACGUCUGUGGUAUGGUGACGGUGGACAAGACGCUUUUAUCGUCGGUAAGGCAAAUUAUGGACAAAACAAUACAUUUAAAUCAAAAUUCAAAAUGAUAUAAUUUUGCAGUUGGCUAAAUACAAUAAAAGGGCCAUUUUACAAUUAGUUUGUUUUCAAAAUAAAAUGGUCUGUUUCCAGGCAGUGAUCAGUGUAAUUUCGUAUUUGGUGAUCGUGUUGCAGUACAACUACAGUUAAACAAAAUUCCAGCAAAUCGGUUUAAUUUAAAUAAUAGCGUAUAUCCACGGCCACAACACGAAUACUUAUUAUAUUAUUAUACAUCCAUUGUCAUUCAAUAUACAAUAUGUCUUAUAAUUACGUUGCUAUUAUAUACAAGUCAAGGUCAUCAUUAUCGUAAUAUUGUUUAAACAUAUACAGUGAUAUACUUGAUAUCCCUGUCAUGACUUGCACAGGUGCAUGUUGAACCACAAGCACUAAUAGACUAUGGACAAAUGGUGGUUAGAUAUUAAUAUAAUAAUAUGUUACAUUAUAUUAUUCUAAUAUACGACAAUAAUUGUAAUUUUAUUAACUUCUCGUUUGUAUAGUGUAUACCAUAGGUACCCACUACCCACUACCUGUAUAGUUAUACAAUUCAAUAGUAUAUUAUAGUAUAGUUUAUAAUAUUAAAAACUGUAUUCAACACAAAUUAAAGAAUUCUUUUAAGAAUCGCGUUAUUUUUUUUCUUGCGAUUGUCAACUAAAAAAUUAUUUGAGAUUAAGCUUUACAAAAAAAGGCUGUCAUUAAACCACUUAGGGUAUAUAGCAUAUAUUAUAUAAUAAUGUAUGAAUGGAACCUUAAUUUUUCACCAUGGUACAGUACUCCAGUGUACCACCAUCAGGUGUGUAUAAAACCGGUAUUUGUCUUUUUUAAAUAAUAAAUAUACAAUAUUGCUAUAUUAUUAUAUUAUACUACAUUACUACUAGCUGGUCCUGAACGGACCUCGUUGCCCGUGACAAAUCAAAUAAUACCAGUGAAUUAACCCUGUUACUCCGUAACAUAAUAUAAACUACACACAUUUUUAACAGCCAUUAGGCGGCUUUGACAAAAAUAUAAAAUACUGGUCUAAACUCUAAAAUUAUAUAAAAUAAUAAUAAUUUAUGAACAUUUUAUAUUCUGUAAUCAACGGAAUUACCUAGAUGUCGUCGAUAAUCAUAUAUUGUUUUUUUCUCUUUUCUGUGGUUUUAGUACUUACGUCAAGUAAUGAGCCCCCUCCCUCCUCACUUAAUUUUUGCACCCUGCGGUAUCGUGCCAUGGUGGUAAUGUGGUAUAACGUUUCAAUAAAAAUAUACAAGUCCUUUAUAUUAUUAUCUUAUUAGUCCGUGGUACAUUGUACAUAUUUUAAUACUUGCUAUUUAGACAAUACGCACGAUGCAUAUUGACACAUGUGACAUAAUAUAAUAUAAUUAAUUAUUAUUAUUAUAUUAUUGAUAUUAAUAUAUUCUGUGAUAUUAUACAUAAUAUACAAUCCGAGAAUCUUACAUUCUUACCACAGAAAUACAGAAUAGAUUAAUCGAACAAUAAAUAAAUACAGAUAAUGAAUACUACUGUCACGGUCACGCGAAGGACCGAGUUAAGGUAAGAUACAUGAUAUACAUUAUACAGCACAAAUGCUGUGGUUUAUAGUUUAUACCACGCCGAAGUAAAUAUAUAAUAUCAAAUGUUUGUUAUAAUGACCUACGACCAGUACGACCUACGUUAAAUUAGUAAGUUAUCAACAUAGACGACCGUAUAUACAUUGAGUCUAUUUGGAUUAAGUUAUUUUGAUCUUUGAGACGUAUCCAGAACAUGACUGUUUAGAAAAAUAAUAUAUUUUAUGAACUAGCUAGGUAUAUAUACUAUACUACUAUACUAAACUACUAUAUACUAUAUUAUUAUAAUGCUUUAUAAUUAAGUAUAAAGUCAUAUAUUAUAAUGAGCGCGUAAUUACAGUUUUAACCUCAGGACGCACUUACUACAUGUAUACUACGUAACUGCGUAUAUUAUCAUAAGUCAUUACAAAUAAAUCGAACUAAAUUAAUUUUUUAGACUAUCGAUUCCAUAAAAAAUGUCAAAAUACUAUUUAUCGUGUGUAUUCAAAUUUCCAACAUAACAUAUCAGUGUUAUGGCACGUAUAAGAAUAUACAGACACAUUGUUCUGCGUUACCGCCUACAUCUGGUGUCCGAGUAUCUCUAUUAUGCUCCUGUAUAUUAAGCUCCUCUUAAACAUGACUUAAACUUUUCAAUUAGAAUAUAAUAUAUUAAUAUGAUAUCGAUAUUAAUUUAAUGUGGAAUUGAUAUUACUAUUAUUGUUAUUUGACAAAUAAUUGAAUUACAAUUGCUUAAAAGCAAUUUUUUUAAUUGGCGUAGUAUAUUUUCCAUAUUCUAAAAGUGCCAAUUCCAAAUAAUUCCGGCCUCUACUAAUAACUAGAUAAUAAGAAAACCUGAAAAUGUUUAGGUUAUGUUUUCUUUUGACCUAUUAAAGUCCAACGAUUAGGCUACAAUACUGUGCACACAAUAAUAAAAAAAUAAUACAGUUAAUACAUAGGUAUUUGAUAACAUUUACUAGCAAGUCAUGAUUCAUGAUUAUCAGAAAGCCGUAUACACAUCAUAAUAUUGGUAGCACUUUAUCAAGGUCAAAAAUAUUUUUUUACUAACAAUACUAUUGUACAAUUAUCAGUUGUACACACAAACAUUAUAAAAGUCAAAAGUUUAUUAUCCAAAAAAUUCAUUUUUCGUAUUAAUAAGUAAUAACUAUUGUUAGGUCUUUAUGGAUUAAUAUUAGCGAAAACAAAAACAGCCAAUCACAAUAUUAUGGAUAGUGACUGUAUACUCAUAUUAUAUAUAUACCUAAAUCACAAUCGUAGUUGCUGUAUAUAGGUACUUUAUCAAAUAAUAUUACUAAAAAUAAUAAUUCAUUUCAGUUUUGUACGGCAAACAUGAAAGUCAAUUUAUCCAUUGUGUUUAAGAGUUUUUCUGUUCCCUAUUACUAUUCAAUAUUGUUCGGAUGGAUGCCCAUCCGUAUACCAAAGAAUGACAGCGAAAUGAAAAACAAGAGUUUGUGGUGUAUACCUGGAUUAAUUUUUUCGUUGAGUUAUAUCAUACUACUAAUAGUUUCCGGAAGCACUACUCAGGCAUUAAGAAAUGCAAUCAAGUACCAAGGAAAUAGAACUUUGAGUAAUAUAACAAUUCACGAUCGUAUACAGAUUGUAGUGGGACCUAUGUUCAUAAUAUCUCUGUGGUUGAAUCAAACGAUUAUGAUCAUAAUACACAUAUUGAUGCCGUUCCAUUUAAAAGGACUAAGAACUGUUUUCAAGCUCUUCAAUGUUUUUUUCAAGUGCCAUGGCUCGAUUAUAGGGGACGAGAACACCAUUAACAUGAUAGCACGCAACACUAACAUUGAAUCCGGCAUGAUGAUCAUAAUGAACACAGUUCUGUCGAUCGUAUCGGUUACGACAAGUUUCAAUAGGAUAAGACUGACCUUUGCUUGGAAACUGUACAUCUUGAUCGACAAUGUUAUUCACAAACUAGCGGCGAUUUCGCUGUGUGUCCAAUUCUGGUGUAUGUGUUCAGUAUUGGCAAAAUGCUAUAAGUGUCUCAACGUAUCUCUGGAUAGACUUCGAAUCCGAAAAAAUCAUGUGACGAUACGCCCCCCGGGCUUAUUCACAAUGCCAGACCGGUUGACGCUACCGACGAAUAUGGUAACGCACAUCCGGAAGUUAAACCAAGCACACACUGACCUCUGUUCCAUCCUCGAUCACACAAACGGCGUUUAUCAGGUGUGUACCGACAUUUUCAAUAUACGACUUGUUGUGUAUUAUAUUUUAUACUAUUUCGUUCUUAUGACGUGUUGUAUAUAUCUGCACAAGGUGCUGAUCCUUUUGAGCAUCAUCACUUGCGUACUAAGCAUGCUGCCUCAUUUAUUCGUUUUGGGAAUUAUCAUGGCAUAUUCAAAUUUUAAAAUCACACCACAAUUAUCCAUGGUCAUAUGGCCGCUCCACUACAUGAUAAGGGUAUAUAUCGUGUGCAAAGCCGCUUCAAUUGCGUCCAACGAAGCCAGACGGACAAAAACUAUUCUCAAUGCUGCAUUUCACAAACAUUUGACAGACGACGAAAAAAACGGAAUAAAAGGUUUCUUGGAAAGGAUUGAUAAUAAGAAAAUAAGAUUUUCUUUAUACGGCUUGAGCUAUUUGGACGACGAAUAUUUCUUAUCAAGUGUAAUGGCAGUGGGAGGAUACCUAGUGAUCAUCAUUCAAUCGUACAUGACAGUUAUCGAAGAACAAUAUCCAAUUUAUGAUCGUCCAACUGCCGAUAAAUUUGACGAAUGAACCAACAAGCAUUAUUCUAUACUUUUCAUUUAUUUUACACUUUAUAAAUCACUUAUGCGUCCCCGCGAUCAUAGUUCAUAGACAAUUAGGUAUAUUCCACAACGAUAGUAUAUUGUAUAUUAUUGGAUAUGCCACUAAUCAUUAUUAAUUCUUUGAAAAAUUAAAAUCGAGAUUUUAUAAAAGUGACGUGAAGUUGAUUGAAAAUAUUGAUUUAUGAAAUUAUUAUUUUUUAGACUUAGUAAUGCAUACACGAGAAUGAGGUUAGUUUUAAAUUUUAAUCAAUAACAAUAAUAUGUUUUCGUAUCUACAUGCAUACCAUGAAUAAUAAAUAAAUUCUAAUACGCAAAAACGUCGUUGUAUCAAACAAAAACAAAUUAGGAUAAUACAAUAAUACUAUUCUUUGGUGUACGCCUCAUGACUCGUGCGUACACAAUUCUGUAUACACGAACGCGUACAAAGUUGCAUAUACAGCAGGCACGCUAUGAUGCAGUCGUUGUGUACGAAUGGUUUUUUAAUUCCAGUGGCUCGUCGAAACUCAAUACAAGUUAAGGUAGAUGCUAUUUGACUAUUAAAAUAUUGUUACGAUUGCACCGUUGUCAACUGGUACUUAAUAAACGUCUUGGAUAACGACUUUUUUUGAGAAAGACUAAGAUUUUGUUAAGGGGUUCGUUAUAGGCAAUUUUUAACAAAGUAAAUGCAUAAAUACGGCUAUAUUAUUUAACGAGACUGCCGUAACCAUGCGGAGAUUUGGUACCCUAAGUAUCUGCUGACAUUUUAGCUGUGUCAUUUAACGCAGUCACAUGGGGGGAAAUUCGGAAACGUAAUACCUUACAUUAUUAGGUUUCCGUUUUCAGUUGAAACGCUACACGUUGAACGGGUCGUUUGCAUUGGUGGCGUGCGUGUUGAUGUACAGAGACUGGGCCACUUCCGAAUCGUCGAUUCCGGAAAUCGCGUUCCGAAUUGUACCGCAUUACGUGCAGAUAUUGAUAACGAUAUUGGAGUGUACGAUACGACAUAUUGUAAUUCAUUGCCACACUUCCGGUGACUGUAAGACUUAUAAUCCAAACACCUCUUCCGGUCGUCAUCAAAAACAAUAUACUAUACGACGUUGCAGGCCGAACGUUGUCUGAUUGGUUUUACUGGGCGGUGACGUCUAUGUGUCUGUUUAGCAGCAACUGGUUACGUCUGCUGUAUCGCGAUGGCCUUUCCAUAAACCCGGAAAACAUACUCCAGGUAGGAUCAUAAAAAUAAUAUUAUGGUUGGUGGCCAGGGCCAAAGGAGGCGUUUUUGAUAAUUCUAUUACACUGUAUCGUCGAACAAAUAUAAUUUCAUUAAAAUAAACCAGUGAAUAAAUUGUAAAUUAUUCUAGCGCGGGUAUUCUGAUGCAAAGUUAUUCAAAUUAAAUUUUAAUAGCACACUGUAAUAAAAAAAUACACCAUACAUUUUCCGAGAGUCGUAGAAAAGAUAUUCGAUUUGGUUUUAGUGCUUAAAUUAAUAAUUUUUUUCUAGAAAAUUUAUAUACAUAUAAUAUGUAGGUAACACAUAAUUUCUUCGAAUGUGUGUUGGUACACGUUCGUUUGAUUUUAUCGACACAUUCGAAACACCCUCGGCUUUCGUUUAAAAUAUUUGAAUUAAUUUAAAAACAUUAAACCGAAAACAGCGAUUAGAUUUUUAAGUACAUAUAUUUAUAUUAUAUUUUAUGCCAUUGCACAUUCUAAAUCGAUUUAUAUAUUAUAUAUAUAUAUAUAUAUAUCGUGAACAAAGUAUUAAAGACUUCAUGGAUGAAAUAUCGUCAACUACUUAGUACCUACUAUUUAAUACUUGUACAGUUAUGUAUUAUACAGAUUGAUUCACCUAAAGCAUGCUCACCACCAUUGUUUUUAUUUAAUAAUGAUUAUACUUUAAGACCAUAUUUUUAAAUUCUUAAAUUGUUUGUACUACUUAAGAAGUUUCCUGCAGUAAUAUAAUCUUCUGUUUUUCAAAUGAGAUCACAAUUUUUUACUGUAAAUUAUUCGGCGGAUAUUUUUUCUGAAAAUCUUGAUGUAUCAAAAUCAAUAAGUAUUCAAACGAAUAGAUUUUUAGUUAUUAAAAUGCUUAUAUUAAGGAUAAAAGUCCAUAAAAAUGGUCUACAAUAGUAUAAAAUGUAUGUGAUAUCGGAUCUAGUAAUCUUUAAAUAUAUAUUAUUAUAUAUAUAACUAGCUGAUCCAGUGCAC